AUGAAUGUUGAGCAUUUGCCAAUCGGCCAGUUGAGAGCCAUCUGCUGCUGGCGGAAAGGAGGAGCUCUCGUCUGUGUAACUGCAGGGAGGCUAAUACUUGCAUGUCGACUGAUCGAAGCAGGACUGCACACAUACGGCCCUCCAGAGCACGUACAGCCCGGACGAUACAUGGCAUCGUUGAUUCCAGCAAGCGAAGUCUUGACUUUCCACGGUAGCAAACCCAGUGAUGCUCCACCCAGGCGGUCUGCGACCGUCCCAACAGGGAGAUGUGUUGGAGGAGGUUCUAGUGUAAAUCAACCUAGGUUGGGGGCUAAGGAGAUGAUUCCUCUCCUCAAGAAGGUUGAGACGUACCAGGAACAAGGGACUGUUGAUCGGCACGGAUACCCAGGUCCUAUAAAGGUGGUAUCCUCUGUACGCGAUAACUCACUUCAUUCAUUUGUACAGUGGUACACGAAACGCUGCUCACCACUUCAUAUACAACCAAUUUUCGGUAAAUCCAAAUUGUUAACAGAGGCAGUGGUACGUCGUGUGCUGAUGAGGGAUGGAAGGGCCAUUGGUGUGGAGUACAGUGACGCUAGUGACCCAUCUUCUACGGUCAUUGCUGCAUACGCAAGAUACCUAGUCGUUGUAUCGGCUGGAGCGUUGGGCUCCCCUGCCAUCCUUGAGCGCUCCGGCAUUGGUGCAGCCGAAUUGAUCGCCCAAUUUGGCCAUCAGGCAAGAAGUCGAUCUGCUCGGUGUAGGCGGGAAAACUACAUAGAUCUUGAAGAACUAGGGCCCCACUUCAAGAAGGUUUGGGCGGCGCGUUUCGCCGCAGCAACAGAUAAACCGGUGGUCUGCAUGGUGCCAGUUUCUGGGUCGGUAUUUCAAUUUAUGUUGCAGCAACCAUCACUAAUCUUUAUGUUCGCUACAACGUACCCCGUAUCUACCGGGAGAGUCCACAUCGCUUCCGCGGACGAUUGGCAGGCCGGGUUAGAUUUUGAGGCCGGGUUCUUGACAGAACCAGCAGACAUUGAUGCUCUCAGAUGGGCGUACAGGAGAUCACGAGAGACCGCCCGUCGCAUGCCCUCGUACCGUGAUGAAUUGGCGCAAGCACCCCGUCUAUCUAUUUGUCCGGCCAACGUCGGUGCCAACACUUACAGCACAGCGUUGGUGGUAAGAGAAAAAGCAGCUCUUAGCAUUUCUCAGGAACUGGACUUUGACUUGUAG